AUGGGAGAGGCACCCCAGAUUGCCAUUCUUCGAGCUGGCACCUUUAUGAGGACCCAAUACAUUCCUAGGCUCGCUGAGAUCUCUAAGCUCCUCCUCCUUAAAUCCAUUUGGAGCCGUACAGAGGAAUCUGCUAGAGGUGCCGUUGAGAUUGCUCAAAAACAUUUUCCAGGAGUAGAAUGCAAGUGGGGUGAUAAGGGUCUUCAAGAAAUUAUUGAAGAUAGUUCAAUUCUUGGUGUUGCAGUGAGAGAGAGAAAAGAGAAGGAAAGGAAAUAG